UUUAAAUCAAAAUUGAUCACAACUUCAAAUAUUACAACAUGCUUCAUUUGGAACGAAAGCUUUGUUAUUUAUUGGAGCUGUGGCCACAGUACAGUAAAUUUGUGAGUAAAGUUCCACAGCGACGCGACUAUGGCGAUUGUCAGGAUGAUGCCAAAAUAUCCAAAAAACUAAGUCUUAAAGAUGUAGAUGUGAGUGGCAAGCGUGUGUUUAUGCGUGUGGACUUUAAUGUGCCCCUUAAAGAUGGACAGAUCACCAACAAUCAGCGAAUAGUAGCGGCAGUCCCAAGUAUCAAAUAUGCACUGGAUAAUAAUUGCAAACUGCUUGUAUUGGCUUCACACCUGGGUCGUCCAGAUGGUAAGAAGAAUAAGAAAUUUACUUUAGCGCCGGUAGCCAAGGAACUUCAGACGUUACUUGACUGGCCAGUAUGUUUCAUCAACGAUUGCGUGGGCAAAAUUGCCUUGGAAGCCGUUAAGGAUCCUCCAGAUGGUGCUGUAGUGCUGCUGGAGAAUCUACGUUUCUAUGCGGAGGAAACCGGCAGUAGUAAGGAUGAAAAUAAGAAAAAAAUCAAAGCCGAUCCCGAAAAAGUUAAGGAAUUUCGCACUAAGUUAGCCCAGCUGGGUGAUAUUUAUGUAAACGAUGCUUUUGGCACAGCGCAUCGUGCCCAUAGCUCAAUGUUGGGUGAAGGCUAUAAGGUGCGAGCCUCUGGCUUUCUCAUGGACAAGGAGCUGGAGUACUUUGCCAAGGCGUUGCACAAGCCAAAGCAACCAUUUCUGGCUAUUUUGGGUGGCGCUAAAAUUGCAGACAAGAUACCACUCAUCACCAAUCUAUUGAACAAUGUGAAUCAAAUGAUUAUAGCUGGUGGCAUGGCAUUUACUUUCCUUAAAAUUAAUAACUCCAUGGAAAUAGGCAAGUCACUAUUUGACGAAAAAGGCUCUGCAAUGAUAAAGGAUAUUAUGCAGAAGGCUAAGGAGAAAAAAGUGGAUAUACUGCUACCCGAGGAUUUUCUAUGCGCGAAGGAAAUUAAGAAUCCAGGUGAGACCAAGACGGUAGAUGUUAAGCAAGGUGUGCCUAGCGGCUUUAUGGGUCUCGACAUUGGCGACAAAUCAAGAAAGCAAUAUGCUGAUGUAAUAGCCAAGGCCAAGACAAUUGUUUGGAAUGGUCCGCCAGGCUUGUUUGAGAAUGACAAAUUUGCCGGGGGCACCAAGGCCAUGCUGGAUGCUGUAAUGGCGGCAACUAAGGCAGGCGCCACUACUAUAGUAGGCGGUGGGGAUACAGCGACGGCUUGUCUUAAAUUUGGCGGCGCUCAGAAAGUUUCGCAUGUCUCAACUGGGGGUGGUGCCUCGCUGGAACUGCUUGAGGGUAAAAAGCUGCCCGGCGUGGCGGCUUUGACAGAUGCCAAAUAGCAAUUAAUGGAAAUUUGAAUAUUUGUAUAAUUUGGGCAAUGAAACUUUAUGCUUUGAUAAUUGUAUAAAUUUAUUUUGUUUUAAAAAGUGUUA